AAGACAAGCCCACUGGUCUUUCAACAUUCUGCGGCGUUUUCGGUCCAGUCUCGGUCGGGGGAAAGACCGAGACCUUUCUUAACAGGAGGUAGAGUUCGCUGUGCUUCAACUCUGCUGCAAUGUUAACACUGAUCUGAAACUACAGAUCUGCUGGCUCUGAUACAUGACAGCGCACACCAGCCAUGGAGUUUAAUAAAUUGGUGACCUUGUGGAUAUUUUGCUUGUGUCUCGUUGGAGAAAGUUGGACUGAAAAACCAAGUUCACCUACACCGGAAAGUCAGAUUGUUGAAAAUGGGGUGUCAGAUUUGUGUCGCAUCGAUGAGCCACUAUGCAAGGAUGAGAAUGGAAUUCUCAGUUAUGAGGCUAUCCGUAGUAUCCACAAGCAGAUGGAUGAUGACGCAAACGGCAAUGUAGACGUGGCAGAGACAGACGGCUUUCUGAGAGAAGAUCUAAACUACCAUGACCCCAAGGCUAAGCAUAACACUUUCCACGGUGAUGACCAGUUCAUCAGUGUGGAGGACUUGUGGAAAGCCUGGAAGAGCUCUGAAGUGUAUAAUUGGACUGUGGAUGAGGUGGUGGAAUGGCUCAUCACCUAUGUGGAACUGCCACAAUAUGUGGAGGCCUUUCGCAAGAAGAAUUUUAAUGGAAGUGUCAUGCCAAGGCUCGCUGUGAAGAACACCACUCUGACACUCUCUAUUCUGAAGAUUCUGGAUCGCAGCCAUGUGCAAAAGUUGCAGCUCAAGUCUUUGGACACUGUACUGUUUGGAGCACCCCUAAUGAAUAGACAUAACCACUUGAAGGACUUCAUGCUGGUAGUGUCGAUAGUCAUAGGCAUGGGUGGCUGCUGGUUUGCCUAUAUCCAGAAUCGCUACUCUAAGGACCACAUGAAGAAGAUGAUGAAAGACCUGGAGGGCCUGCAGAGAGCUGAACAGAGUCUGCAUGACCUACAACAGAAGCUGCAGAUCGCCCAGGAGGAGCACCGUACAGUAGAAGUGGAGAAGGUGAACCUGGAGCAAAAGAUGAGGGAUGAGAUCGAUGCAGCCAAGCAGGAGGCCCAACGUCUGAGGGAACUGCGUGAGGGCACAGAGAAUGAACUGAGUCGCCAGAAAUAUGCUGAAGAAGAGCUAGAUCAGGUGCGCAUGGCUUUGAAGAAAGCAGAGAAGGAGUUAGAGUCACGCAGUAGCUGGUCACCGCCAGAGUCUCUCCAGAAGUGGCUGCAGCUCACCCAUGAGGUGGAAAUGCAGUACUACAACAUCAAGAAGCAAAAUGCUGAACGGCAGCUCCUUGUGGCCAAAGAAGGGGCAGAGAAGAUAAAGAAAAAGAGGAACACUCUCUUUGGGACUUUCCAUGUGGCUCACAGCUCCUCUCUGGAUGACGUGGACCACAAAAUACUGGCAGCAAAACAAGGCCUGGGUGAGGUGACGGCUGCUCUGCGGGAGAGGCUUCAUCGUUGGCAGCAGAUAGAGAUCCUCACAGGUUUUACCAUCGUUAAUAACCCAGGCCUUCCUUCUCUCACCUCAUCCCUCAACCUUGAUCCCAGCUUCAUGGGUGGCAGAGCUACACCUCAGCACUUCAUCAUGUCUGAGGACAUGGACGACUUGGAUGAGGAUUUCGUGCCUGGAACUCUGCAAUAUGGCACCCGACUGCUGGAACGGCGAGCCAGCGACCUGUGGUCCAUCAGUUCAGACUCUCAGCACAUGUGGAAAUAUCCUGCUCCCAGUAUGAUGUCCCUGCGCCAACGCCACAUUGACCCCCAGCUGGCCAUGGGCUCCCAGAGAGACCUAAAUCGCUCUGACUCUGACUCCUCCCUGUCCCUCUCCCAAGUUGGUGAUCGGCUAUCUGCCUACAGCUCCAAAGGCCACCUAAUCAAGCCCACCUCUCUCAUGCACGGCAUAUCUGGACGUGGAGAUGACACGGUCUCUCUGCAUGCUCACACCCCCAACGGAGGGAACCGCAUUCAUGAGGUCAGUCCUGCAGAGCCUGUCCCUGACAGCCCCAUACUAAUGAAGAAGGUGUACGGCAUAGAGCAGUCUCCCAGCCUGGGAGAGAUCAACAGUCUGUCAGAGUCGUCCCGCUCCUUCAGCCCCAACUCCACCGAACCUGACACACCGUCGCCUACAGGAGGGCAACCAGGGACAGCGGGGGCAAAGGGCAACAGCCGCAUCCCACAGCUGUCUUCCAAGAAGAGCCCGCUGGAGGAGGACAGCGGCUCUACAGGAGAAGACACAGAUUCCACUGCCAGCCGCAAGAAACACACCUUCAAGAUCUUCAAGAAACAGAAGAAAUAAGGGCUACAUGAACUACAGGCUAGCAAAGCUGUUUGACUGUAUUCCUCUGGUCUGUUUUUGGAAAAAAAAAAAAAACGUUUCAAUGUUUUAUGGGUUCAUUAAUGGUCAAAUGAUGGCACAAUUUGUUGCCGUUGCAUCUUUUUGUAGGUACAUCACCUACUCUAGGUAACUGUGGGAGCAACCAGCUGUUCAGUUUUAUCUGCUUAUUUGGUUGGUAUGUUAAAUAUGUGGGGAACGGGUAGGUUUGUAUAUUGGAUUGUAAAGUAUUAUUUAUUCAGCAGGAAUUUGUGCCAGUCUCGAAGGCAAAUGUGUUUCCCAGUUUUUUUCUUUCUUGUUCUACAAUCUAUAACAUUUAGCAUGUCUUCACUUUUGUUUGUCUGAUACUCGAAUGCUCUUAGUGUUUGCUUGGUUCUUGUCGUUUAAACUUCUUAGACAACACUUGAUGUUUCUUUUAUUACUACCUAACCACCUAGCCUACAAAUCCAAAGUGAAUGCGCACUCACUGAGUACUUUUUUUUUUUAUAUUUUUUUAUUGAUGGUUACAUGUUUUUCUGUCUUUUUUGUUUUCUUCUUGGCAGAGCAAAUGACACAUUCAGAAGAUCCUCAAACAGAGGAGUAGAACUAGAAGGCUCGGAGUUCCAUUUAGUAUUAGCCACUCAAAUUUCACUUUUGUCUGUUUUAAAAAAAAUAAAAAUAAAUUUAAAAAAAAAGUGUUAAGUGCCAUUGAGCACAGCAAUAGUACUUGGUGUGGUUUUAAAAGAAUAUAGAUUUAAAAUGCUCUAAUAUUUUGCAAACUUGGAUCUCAUCCAAAGGAGAGUUGAACAAGCAGUAAAUCUCUCUGUAAUAAGUUACAAAAGGACCAUCAAAUUGCAGCAUUAGACCUUUUGCUUUGGUUUUAGUGUUUAGUUGUUGGGUGCAUGAGAGAGUGAGAGAGAAGUGCUUUGCUCAAAAGUCCAGCUUUUAAACGAUGCCAAAACGUUGAACCACGUAUUAAUAUUUGGAUUAACCCAUAUCCUCACUGGAGGAGGACGUGAUUAAUCAUUUUUACUCAACCAAUACAAUAAAGUAAACUUUUCUUUUUUAAGAUUGUCCUCUUGAAAUGUAAAUGGGAAUCAACAUUUCCCACUAAAUGUUAAUUUAAUGAACAGGGUGCGAGUAACUUGAAUUUUUGCUCCGGCUGUUUUAUGUUUGUUUUAGUGACUAUUUAGGUGGACGAUGAAAACUUCACAGCAAUUUGUCCGUGUGAGAUGGGUGCUGGUAAGGGCUAUUUACAAGGCAAACAUCAUUUGCUCUGUGCAAGAUAUAAAUGUUCAAGUUGUAACCACUUUGUAAAUCACCUUUUAUGGAAGAUUUCUCUCAAGUUAUGGAAGACCAAUCGCGGUUCAAGUGCCAAAUCGCUAUUUCUGUCAGAGGCCUUUGUAUUUGUAGUGUUUUUGGCCUUGAAAGCCCCUUUUACACAGAACACAAAACCACAUAUACACAGUGUGUUAUGUAUAUCCUGAGCUUAAAUGCCGAAUGUCCAAGGGUAUUGUUUCUGUAACGGUAUCGUCAGUACAGUAUGUUUACACUUGCUACAGAUAAUUACUAUUCUCCGAUUACCACAUCAAAGAACGUUGUGCCAGUUUUAAUACCAACAGCUUCAUAUGAGCACAAAACUAUGCAUCCGUAGUUGUAGGUGAUUGCUAAAGUAGUAAGGACGCCAGUACACGUAGGGUGUUCCUGACCAAUGAGCAACCAAAAAGUGCUGCAAAAGACACAGUCGGCCUCCCCCAGCCUCAUAAUGUAACAGGUGGUUUGGAUGUAAAAGACACGUUUGAAUAUUUUAUUUUAGAAACCAGCUUUAAAAAAACAAUUUCCUACUGGUACUUUUUUAAAGCGUCAUUUGUACCUUUUUUUUUUUUUUGCACGACAGAGCUGUAAUGGAUUUUGCCAUCUGUAUGUAUGUGUGCGUGUGUGCGUCUGUCUGCUCCCAGUAUAAUGCAUUGUAAUGUUGAUGCAUGUCAACUGCUGUAACAAAACCUAUAUUGGGUUUAUAGAGUGGAUCAGCUUAAGCUCUGUACUCCCCAUCCCUACUUUUCUGUCCCUUUGUUUUGAGCUAAUAUUUCUAAACACAGUAUAUUUGUACAGAGAAAAUGAUAAUUUUGCAUCUUCUGUGACGGUCUAAACUUUUAUGGCACAACUGCAUGAUAGCAAUAAACUAUUUUGAAUGAAGAA